AUGGUUGUCAACACGGAAAUGCCCGAGACCGUCGAGUGGCAGGGCAAGCAGGUGCCCGUCUGGCCCAUGCAGACCAUCGACUAUGGUCGUCUUCUCUCCCAGGACACUGCUGAGAUCGAAAAGGUUCUCAAUGCCUGCUUGGAGGAGGGUUACUUCUACCUUGAUCUCAAGGGAAUUGAAGGCAGGAGAAUGCUUGCCGACCAGAAGGAGACGCUCGACCUCAUGCAUCGCUUCUUUGAUAUGCCCAUUGAGGCCAAGAACGAGUUUGGGUUGAUCUCAUCUCACUUGGGCUACGAGCCUGUUGGAAGCCGCACCGGAGCCAGGGCCGGCAGCAAGGACGGCUAUGAGAUGCUCAAGGUCUCGCGGGACGAGAUCCAGAGGGACAGCCCCAAGAUCCCCAACGCCAUCAAGACCAGCAGCGACAUGAAGAUCCUGGAGAACUCCAUCGGGAGCUGUAACACCAUCACCAAGGUCAUCCUGUCGGCUCUUUCCACCGGCAUGAACCUGACUGGCGCCUCGCGAUUUGAGAUGUCGCACCGUAACGAGAGGCCCUCGACCACAACGCUCUCAAUGAUGCACUACCUCCCCUCGGAAGCCCUGGAUGAGAACAGCAUGGGCCACCAGAAGCACACCGACAUCAGCUCCCUCACCCUCCUCUUCUCGGAGCAGUGGGGUCUCCAGAUCCGUCCCCCAGGAGUCUGCGGCGCGCGCGAGAUGGGCUUCGUGGCGCCCAAGCCCGGCUGCGCGUUUGUGCACGUCGGCGACUCUCUGCGGUUCGCCAGCGGCAUGAAGAUGCAGUCUUGCAUCCACCGCGUGGUGCCGUUUGACCCGUCGGAGCACCGCUACUCCAUCGCCUACUUCCUCCGCGCCGAGGACGACACCAUGUUCCAGGACUCGGAGGGCCGCUUCAUCACGGCCGGCCAGUGGCACGACGAGAAGUUCAAGGCCUUCACCGACCCCGAGCUCUGGCAGGCCAUGGCUCCCAAGUCCAUGAUCCUGGGCGGAAUGAAGGAGGACGGCGAGGACGAGCCCGUCGCCAAGGAGGCCCCCGUCCCCGUUGCUGCUGCACCGGUUGUGGCUCCUGAGGUCAGCGCUCAGGCUUAG